UCGGAUCGCGUCGUACCGUUUCUGUCACCGUGUGAUGGCACUUGAUGUAACGGCCAUAGCGGAGUACAACGACAACGACAACGGAAAAAGCAAAGAGGCGUUUGUUGAGACGGCGACUGGAGAUAAUAGCGAAACUUCGUCAGCGUCCGUCGGUGCCGUCAGCAGUUGUCGGGCUACGCGGAAUACCGCCGCUGAUAAGGUUUACAGUGCUAAACGAGGAGUACGGUGGUGUACGGUGCGAAGUGCUGGUGCUAGUUUCAGUGACGAUAACAACAACGAGCAGAACAAUAAUGAUGAGAACGAGAAUGACAAUGAUGAUAACAACAACGUUGACGAUAACGCGAGGAGGGGAGUGAACGACGGUGAUCGUUCAACGUUCGACGCUCGCGGUGAGUUUGAAUCGGAGUUCGAUAAAGGCGAACAAUUAUCGUUCAAAGCGUUGGGCCGUAGCCAUUCGGCCUCCGGAGAUAAGAACAAUUACAACAACAAUAAUCGCGGAGCGGAUCGGGUUCACGUGAAUGAGUGCGGUGGUUGCGCGGGGGAGGAAAUCAAUGGUAGCAUCGAGAGCGGCAGCAGCAGCAUCGGCUCGUUGGGCCGGACCGCAACAACCGGCGAAUUAGGCAUGAUCGCCGAGUCCCCCGUUUCUAACUCGGGCGAUAACGGCGGCAAGAAUGCAAACUGGAGAAAGAGCGAACGACUCGCGGAAAUCGAGAUGACCGCCGCAGCGGGCGGCGACGAGGAGGAGUCGACCCUCGCCCGCAUCGUCUCCUGGAACGAGCGCGACCACCGAGCAACCAGGUCCUGCGAAAACACCCCGGUCACAGCCGGCUGCUGUCCGACGAUCGUCCGCAGCUGUAAAAAGCUGCACCAGCCACCUAGGCCUCGGUGUAGGCUCAACGCCGACAAUUGUCUCAGCCUCCGCGACAUCCUCCUAUCCUUUAACGGCCCGAUCAGCGAGGAGCAGGCUUGGGCUCUCUGCUAUCAGUGCGCCAGGUGCUUCAAGAACGCGAUUUUUUCCCACCCUCAUCCCUCGCCGAGGAACGACGACCGGCUCUACCACGUCACCGAACUCUCCCACGUCCUCCUCCACAGGGACGGCGACGUGCAUCAAUCUACCAUACGCAAACCACCGAACAAUGCCGAUCCAGAUUCGAGGGAACCGUUCACAUCGGAACACAAGCUGGUGUUCUCGCUGGGUAUGAUAGUUUUCGCCGCUCUAGACUUUGGUCUGGACGAGGAGGAGGAAAGACGCGUAGCUCCAGAUCUUGAAGCCCUAAUAACGCUGAUGACACAACCCGAGGAUGAAUCCGAGGCGGAGGACCGGCUCCAGGAAACCGACGACGAGGGUAUCGAACGGGAUUCAGGGGAGAGCGAGGACGACCCGAUUCAUCAGACUCCCGAUGCUCACGGAGCUCAUCCUGCUGGCUACAUCCGGAGGGCUUGUACACCACGCACCCCUGCACCAUGCUCCGUCAACACCGUGAUACAGCUAUGCACGAGGCAUUUGCAGGGGACGUCGGAACAGGCGGAUACUCAUUACAAGGCCGUCGUCCGGGCUCUCGUCGCCGAGGCUCUGGAGUUGUCUCAUUUUCUGGAAAAAGUCGCCGCCGACAAACAGGGGAAUAAUUCUACGUCGACCACAACCGGCGACACCACGGAGCGGAAUCUCGACACCCUCGACUUCAACGACUGGACUAACGUCAGGAUAUGGCGGGCGCUGCAAGCCAGAUUCUGGGUCCAAGUGAUUGGAGAACUGAGGCGCGGUGUCAAGUUAAAGAAAGUCGAAGGGUCGAUCGGCCCAGGAGGCGAGGGAGGAACCGGAAGUGGACAUCCCGGUGGAAAGCGUACUCGCGUCACCGGUCGAGGUAUCGAGUUCGAAUUGACACCUUACGAGAUUUUGAUGGACGAUAUCAGGGCGCGCCGGUAUCGACUGCGGACGACACCAUCACCGUCGCCGGCUCACCUCAGGAAAGACGCCCACGCCGUCAUUCUCGAUUUCAUUAGGAGCAGACCACCCCUUAAAAAGGCGUCCGAGCGGAAGCUGCCGCCGUUGAAGCGACAAUCGACGCCGCAUGAACUGCUGAUGGAGAGUAUAAAACGACCCCCUAAACCACUUCGGCCAUCCUGCAGCCCGAAAAAGCUGGGGAAAGACGACGCGGCGGAACGAAAGACGCCAACGCGGGAUUCCUUACUUUCAGGUGCUGGAACCCGUGACGAAGCCGAGACCACGAACGCUGGACUCGUUACAACACCGAAAAGUUCGAGGCGUGCAUCGAACGAUCUAUCUCGCCCGCCUCACCAUCCACCGCGCCGUUUGAUCAUACCCGACGACGUCAAGCUCGACGGUGAGGAUGACGACGACGACGACUGCUGGGGCGAUGGAAAUGAGAUCGAGGACGACAACGAUGAAGCCGACGUUGAAAGGGAGAUAGAGAGGGCCGGUGAGUCGGCGAAUCCAUGGCGACGGACAGGUGGGCUCAGACUUACAAGAAACGAGUAUCAUCGUUUCUGCGACACGCAACUAGAGUCUUAUGACCUAGCGACCCAGUGCCCGACAAGGAGGGUCUCCACUCGCCGGCACACGGUCACCAGCGUGAUUGGCACCGGACUAGGAACGCUGUCGCUUCCCCACUCGAGGCCACAGAGUCGACAGUACGAGUCUCGGAAUCUCAGGGAUACGACUCUUCCCCGUGCGCCAAGAUCGAAAGACCGAGAUCGCUUCAUCGAGCCGGAGUUGCCCUCCAGUGUAAGCAGCUCGCAGGACGAACUGGGACAAGAGGUAUCGAUGCUGAAAUCGUCAAGCAAAGGGGGAGGAAACUCGUCACUCGGCAAUAUGUUCCUCGACGAACGUCUCUCGCUUACUCUCGAGGAGAUUGUUCAUAUACGCAGCGUUCUGACCAAGGCGGAACUCGAAUCGCUUCCGGUUGAGGGGCGGGUCAAAGAGGACGUGGAGAAGAGGCGCGUUUGUUUCUUAUGCUUGAAAACGAGGUUCGGCAUCCUCGGUCCGUGGGGCCAGCGCUGUCGGCUGUGCGAAAGGACCGUUUGCGGAAAAUGUUACAUCAAGAUGCGGAUACCAACGGAACAUUUCGCCCACGUGCCGGUAGUCCUUCUGUCACCGAGUCUGAUGUUGUCACCGGCCUCCGAAGUCGAUGGAAAGGAAUACUCAUCGCCGAGCCAUGGCGCUGUUCGAAAUCUCUGGCCCAGGCCGGCGGGUGGCGUUGGGUCCGCACCAGCAUCUCCGGCCACGAAACGCCGUGACCCGACCUUGAGAAACACUCCGACACCGACCCCAACUCCAUCCUCUGUGAACGUCUCGCAUCACGAGGAUGACGGGACGGCCUGCAACAGCCUGCCGCCGGGCAACAGCAGCCCUGCCGCAUCUUCCCAAAAAAUGGACAAAAGUCGAAGAUUUUACUGUAGCAGCGCGAACAGCAGCCCGGCUCGGACCUCCACAUCGACGGCGCGUUAUGGAGCUGGUGAUUUACGGGUCGCCGAGCAGCUACGAGGUGUAGCGAUGGUCGUUUGUCAAGACUGUCGGAUCCUGGUUCUUCAAAUAAUACAAAGCUCCCGUACCACGCGAGCGACGAUACGUAACAACGUGAUCUCACGGCUGACAUUGAAUUUGUCUCCCAUUUACGUUUAGCGCCGUACUGUGACCUGAGGAGUUGUUCGACGGCAGGUUUUUUUUUUAAAUAAUUGAAGACCCUAGUAGGAUAAGCAUGGCUGCUUUAACUUGAAUUGGUUUCAUAUUUUUACAGUACCCUUCACCGGUACAGAAAAAUUCACCUUCCAAAUAAUCUUUUUCUGAAAUUUACUGAAAAGAAAAUCGCCAAAUUUUUUUUUAUCAAUAUUGAAAUUUGCAGGACAUUAGAAUUAUAAUAGUAGUAACGUGUACUGUCUUGAUAUUUAAUAAAUGCGUGUUAAACCAGUACACCCAUGCUUAUCCUGCUAUGUCAUUUUAAUAGCGAAUUACAUUUUUACUUUAAUUACAUUUAAAAAGCAAUUAUCAACUGCAAUUGCAUUAAUAAUUAUUUUUUCUUUUGAUUCACGAAUUACAAUUCGGACAUGAUUUGUGUUAUCGGAUAUAAUUUUAUGGUAAAAUUUUCAAUUCGCUUGAUUUGUUUCAAAUUACAUACUAUCUAUCGAAAGAAUCAUUACUGAUUUUUUCGAAAUUUUUAUCUCAAUUUGUUUUACAGUUAUGAAUUUUUUUUCAAAUUUCCGUCUUCAACUAUCCAAAUGAAUGUAACUCAAAAUCGAAUGAUGAAACGGACUAAGAAUUUCG